AUGGCAAAAGUUCUCAUCACCGGAAUCAACGGCUACAUCGCCGCGCACACCGCCGCCCGCUUCCUCCAGGCCGGCUUCAGCGUCAGGGGCACGGUCCGAAACAAAGCCUCUCCUAAUGUCGAGUCCUUGCUUCGCGCAUUGUCCGCACCCCAGAAAGCAGGCGGCGGCAAGGUCGAGAUAGUCGAGGUUCCUGACAUCACCAUCAAAGGGGCGUUUGACAAUGCGAUCCAAGGUGUCCAAGCCAUAGCCCACCUCGCCUCUCCGGUUUCGAUGGCCGACGGCGACCCAGCCCCCAUGAUGAAGGCCGCCGUUGACGGGACCACUUCCCUACUCACCUCCGCCGUUGAGGCCCCCACCAAGAUCAAAUCAGUGGCGUUCAUGUCCUCCAUCAGCGCAGUGUACUCACCACCCCCUUACCGCUCUCCGGAUCACGUUUUUACCUCGGCAGAUUGGAACCAAGAAGCCGAGGCCAAGGUGGCAGAGCUGGGGGACAGCACACCCGGUUACAUCACCUACCAAGCCAGCAAAACCGCUGCAGAAAAGGCACUCUGGAAGAUCGUCGAUGACAAGAAUGAUCCAAGAUGGAAGGCGGUGGAUGUCACGACUUUUUGUCCCAGUCCUGUGUUGGGGCCGCCGUUGUUUAUGCCGAGCCCGUUGUCUGGGCUGAGCAUGCGGGUGAAGGACAUUUGGGAUGUGAUGCAUGGAGGCGAGGUCCCCGAGGCGAGCGUCAUUAGGGGGACUUUUGUUGAUGUUAGGGAUGUGGCGGAGGUGGUGGUGAAGACUGUGGCGAAUGACUUGGCUGAGGGUGAUGGGGAGGAGAAGAGGAGGGAGAGGCUUUUGCUUGUAGCGCAGGAUAAUGUUAGUCCUGGUCAGAUGGCACAGGUUUUGAGGGAGGAGUUCGGGGAUAAUCUGAGAGGUGUUAUCAGGGAGGCGUCUGCAGAGAAGGUUGAGGAGGUUAAGAAAACGAGGGCGGCAAUGAAGAAGUUUAAUUCCGAGCCAGCAAGGAAAGUGUUGGGGAGAGACUGGGUGAUGUUUCGGGAGAGCGUGGUGGAUAGUGCGCGAUUCUUUGUGAGUUUUGAGGAAACAGAGGCGAUAAUUUGA